UAGUUGCAUGCUUUAAAUUCCUUAGCUCCUUAGCCCGCGCACGCGCAGUGCGUGAUUGUCGUGCCUCAAGAUAUUCGGGGUUUAAUCAACCAGGUCUGCCAAAGACAACCCCUCCAUCGCUUCGGCCGUCGGACUAUUCUGAUCCUGAGAUUACCCUCGUCAGACACAAUGGGUGUUAAUGUUCUGCUUGUCUGCCUCUGCCUCAUGGCCAUGUUCGCGCUGUGUCCCUGCAAAACUGAUAGCUGGUCCUGGAAGGACUGCUCUGGGAAGGACGAUGCAAUGAAGAUACUGAAAGUUAAUCUCUCCAAGAACACUGGGGAUUUCAAUGUUUCAUACAGUCUUGGAAAAAGGGUUGUUAAUGGAAAUGUCUCAGUCAACGUUACAUAUGGUGUUGUGCCAUCGUAUUUCAACACAAUUUCUCUCUGCAAAAUAUUCAAGUGCCCACUGGAGAAAGGAAACGGGACAUUUGCUCUCUCUAAUCCUAUUGAGCCGUACUUCCAUCCGCUAUCAGCAGCUUUUACUGAGUGAACAAAAUAGGAAUAUGUUGUAGUUAACCAUGCUGGAGGGAGCAAUUUAGAAGUCCAAAUUAGGAUGGGUGAUUUUGUGUUUGAAAUUCUGGUUUAAUUCAUGUUCACAGGGAGACUACACACUCUACGCUGUUUUGAGAAACAUGGAAAAUGCAGAGUUGGCCUGUAUCAAGGUUGAAGUAAUAAAGAAAUCUCUUUGAUUUGGUAGCUAUUUUGGAUUGUUUAGUGUAAUACGAGAGACCUUGGACCAGACUAAGUGUGUGUUAUUAUUAAUUUCACCAUGGAUUAAGUGCUGCCUGUAUUAUUGCUGAGCACAUGAAAUUGUGCAUCGCACCUCA